AUUGGGCCAAGUCCACGUUUUUAAAAACCCAAGAGAACACAACUUUCUGUUGUCGGUUAUUCCAAUUUCUCGUCAGCUUCUACCAUUCACUUUUGCCCUUUACUUUUGUCCGGAUUUUUUCAGUUUUGUCAAAUUUUUAGCAUUCCCAAUUUUUUAGUAUUGACAUCAUCAUAAAAGUGAUUUAUCCCGUUUCCGAAGUCCACAAUCUCGUUCAAUUUUAUAUUUGACUUAUUGACGUAGGAAAUUACUCUUUCCACGCGGUACAUGAUUUUUGAACUUAGACUUAUUAGUUCAGUUUGUAUUUUUCUUGAGUCGGUGAAAGUAAGAGAUUGACAAUUAUAAGCCGUAUAAAAAGGCUAUAUUUAAAAAUUACUGAUCGAUGGAUCUUCCAAAUGGCAAAGCCACUUCAUCUAAAUCGUCUAAGAGGCAUAGAAAUCCUUUGGACUCGUCUAGUUGUAGCUUACAAAGUAUAAAUGGAUCUUUUGCGAAUCUCAGUUUGAAUCGCUCGAUUAAGAAUUCGCAUGAAAGCUCAAAAACUGCAAAGACUCCGGUUGUGGAUAAGUCUCGUCUCAACAAGUCUGCAUCUCGAAGUACGAAGACUCCUGUUGCGGAUAGAUUUGUUCCCGAUCGAGGAAACUUUGAGAUGGCUCACUACCUUCUGAAAAAGGCUGCAGAUGAAGAGAAUCAGAAUCAAGGCGACAAAAAGGGAAAGCAGAAAAAGGAAGCUAGUCUGUAUUCUCGUUCACUAACUGAAAGCAUGUUGGGGGUGGCAGAUUUAUCGAGCGUUCGUAUUCUAAGCUAUACUCAGAAACCUAAAGCCCCUCCAGAGGGAUAUCAAAAUGCUUUGAAAGUAGUGUACCAAGGAUCGUCCGUUGUCUCAUCUAAUCCUGUCGUGAAAUAUCGUGUAUAUCCCAAAUCACCUGAUCGUGUACUAGAUGCUCCGGACAUUGUUGACGAUUUUUAUCUUAAUUUACUGGAUUGGUCUGAUUCGAACGUGGUUGCGAUUGCGUUGAAGGACCAAGUAUAUCUCUGGACAGCUCAUACGGCUGAAAUUGUCCGCAUUCCAUGUGAUGUGGCUGAGAGCAAUAUGCAAAUGGUGACAUCAGUCGGAUGGAUGCAAGAUGGUGCCCACUUAGUGUGUGCUUUAGACACUGGUCGAAUCCAAAUUUGGGAUGUGGAGAGGACAAAACUACUCAGAACUUUACGAACUGAUGAUGAAAAUGAAAGGAUAGCUGCUCUGAAUCUGAAUGCACAUUUACUAACACAAGGAAAUCGUUUGGGGACUCUUAGAAAUCAUGAUUUACGUAUUGCUGAGCACGAAGUGAUGACACGAAGAGGAGCACACUCUCAGGAGGUGUGUGGAGUUCGAUGGUCUUUGGACGGUCGUUUCUGUGCUACAGGUGGAAACGACAAUAUCGUCAAUAUUUGGGAUUCGAUGAACAUGAAUAAUACGUGCCAACCUGUUUGCUCAUUUUCGGAACAUCAAGCAGCUAUUAAGGCAAUUUGCUGGUCUCCUUCUCACUCAAGUGUUUUAGCCACCGGAGGUGGUACGAAUGAUCGAUGCAUUAAAUUGUGGAAUAUUUCAAGUGGAAUGUUGCUGAAAAGCAUAAAUGCAGAGAGUCAAGUCUCCGGCUUAAUUUGGAGUGAAAAUUAUAGAGAGAUACUCAGUUCUCAUGGGUUUACCAAGAAUCAGUUAGCACUUUGGAAAUACCCAGAAAUGACUCAGGUAGGAGAAAUGCUUGGUCAUCAAUCUCGUAUUCUUCAUAUGGCGUUGUCCCCAGACAAAACCACGGUUGCAACAGUUGGUGCCGAUGAGACGCUUCGUUUUUGGAGAAUAUUCCCACCCACGAAAAGUUCAGCCGACUCGAAAAAGAAAAAAGUUACGUCUCAAAUUAUUUCUGGUUUUAAUGCACUUCGCUAAACAAAUGUGGUCUCUUUUUUUAAUCACUGGACGAAAUUCAAUGCUCAAUUAUUUUUACUGUAAUACUGGAAGGGAAAGUUUUUGAUAACAUUUAUUUAGGUAAUUUGACUGAUAUAAUUUUAGUCGGAAUGUCUAAGAAAUGAGACGUCCAAUGUGAUAUGUUUGAUGAAUGAUUCAAUCAUUAUGUACAUAGAAGUAUUCAACAAAUGUCUUGGUCUAUUGUAAAUAGCUAAUAGUAAUAUAAAAUAAUCCAAUCUCAGAAUCGUGGUGGACUAUUUAUUUCCGAAAUCAAGUUAAACGGCCAAGCAAGUAAUUUUUAUAAUUUCAUUUUAUUGACUGUACAUGGUCCAUAGAAAGUAAAUAAAAUACACCGAGAUAAAUCUAGAA